AGGCGAAGCGGGAUAUGACUAUUAUUCGUAUUCAACCCAAUGAAGCCGUUUAUCAAAGACUUAACAUUAAGAGACCCGGAAUGAGCAAUGAAUUGAUUGAGACUGAACUCGAUCUCACUUAUGCCACCCGUUUCUAUAACGCAUACCUUCCCGAUGCUUACGAGCGCUUAUUAAUAGACGUGUUUAACGGACAACAGGCCAACUUUGUCCGCACCGAUGAGUUGAGUGAGGCCUGGCGUGUAUUCACUCCCGCCCUCCACACCAUUGAUAAGGAGAAGAAAAUGCCCGUUAAGUAUGUGUUCGGCGCUCAGAGUUUCAAAGAAGCCGAUGAUCUCGAGGCCAAGUAUGGACUGAUCCGUGAAAACAACUAAUCAUUUGUUAUCAUUUAUCGUUAAAAUCCCAUUUUUAAAUUUUAAUUUGUGUAUUUUUAAUCUGUAAUUUAAACCAUGAUAAUAUUUUAAUUGUUUUAUUAAUAAACUAUUAUUAAAAAUUAAAUAA